AAUAACUAAACCCACUUCGUUUUCUAAGCUGAAAAUAUUAAUAAUUAUAAGAAAAAUAUUUAGCAGUAGUCUUUUGAAUUAUGUAUACGAGUAAAAUAUUGAGUUAUUUUAGUGGAAACUAAAUCACAAGAUUCAUCAACUGAGGGCGUGUGCCAAAGCUAAAGGAACAAACAGCAAACCACUCAGUCAACGGUGUAGUUCAACACGUCGAUUUUUUAAGGGCACCUAAUAAAAAACAAAUGCUUCCUUAGUCUAGCAGACGCGUAAGCAUUGAAUCACUCAUAGGAACUGUGACAAAGUUUCCCCUCAUUUGCUGAAUAAAUGGCUGUGAUUCAAGGAAGGGAUUUUUUGUAAUUUUACAAGCGAUUUUAUUGCAAAUAGGCCUUCAAGUCCGGACUCAAGACUGUCUAUGGAAAUUCUUGUUCAGCAGUCUCAUUAUUACAGAAGAACAAUAUUAUAGAAGAGAAAUGGAACCACGUGAUAGAGAACGAUUGACUCUUAACUACGACCUACUAAUCGCAAGAGUAAAUGUCGACCAUGUGAUUUUAUAUCUGAACAGGAUAGUUUUUUCUGAGAUUGAAUGCGAUAGAAUUCAUUCUGCAAAGACAUACGAGGACAGAAUGAAGAAACUUCUCGAGUUACUACAAAAGAAAGGUCCGCAUGCCUAUCAACAUUUCAGACAUGCGCUUUUGGACCGUUACUCAGACGUCGUCAAAAAGUUAGACGAAACUUCUUCGCGUAUCUUGCGCUUAAACUCAACACCUGAUGACGCAAAGGGAGCAAACGCUGAAUUGCUGGCGGUUCGUGGAUCUUUAAUUCGAAACCUUGAAAUAAAUAGCAUAUUGGAAUAUCUUGUAGUGGAAGAUGUCUUCAGUGAAGAGGACUGCCAUCGAGUAAGAGCUGGACUGAGACAAGAAGACAAAGCCCGCCUUCUGCUAGAUACCGUGGCAGCAUCUGAAGAUCCAGAUGCGUAUCAGAAAUUUAAAAUGGCAGUGAUGGUGUGCCAACCUAAAUUGGCUUCAGUGUUUGAAAACAACCUGCAUUCAGAAGACUGGUAACAAUAGGACAUUCCGGAGUGUCAAUCUAAUAAAACAAUUACUUAAAUACGGCGCAUGGUUUUACGACACACCUACAUACCUUGUCGUUUUUUAGGGCAUAAACAUAGGCCUAUUUAAGAAUGAAUCUUACUAGAAAGAUUAUGUAAUUCAAAUAUAUACCUAUAAUCUAAUCGGUGCAUCUCUACAGAUUUCUUUAAUAUGAAUUCAUGUUUAAGAUUAUCGUACUUAUAAAUUAGUAUCAACCAAGUUUAAUAAUGUAUUAAGUUUUUCUUAUAUUUUUAACGAUGUGUCACCACUUGCAAUUUGCCUAUAUUCACCUUGAAUGUAUUUCACAGAGAAAUUAUCGAAAUAUAUUUUAUGUAUACAAUGUUUUUAUGAGUACACAUUUAGACGAAUGUUUUGUUUUCUCCACUUUUACUAAAUCAUCAAGCGAUGCGUCUCUAUACUUGCAAUACUUUUACUGAAUAUUCUUAAAUAUAUAUUUAUCUACAAUGUGUUUAUAAGUAAACCCACUGAAGGCGACGUCUUUUACUUUUGCAGCUUAGUUUAAAAAAUCGUCAUUUUGAUGUUUAGCCUAAUUACGGUACUACUGUGUAUGUUUCUCUAAAUCAAGUUACUCGAAACAUUUAUCAAAUAAUUUUAAAGUGAUAAUGAAACAGUAGCUGUUAGUCUGUGGAAUAUCAGUACAUUUAUACCUUAAAUGUUUUAAAUGUUCUAAUUUUAGUGUUCUAUAACUUUUAAUUUCGAUGUGACGAUUUUGUGCACAAUUCAUUAAUGUUGGGAGUCCUUAUGAGGUCGGCUAUACCCACAAAGAAUAGGUAAACCUCUUGUUUCUGACAACCAUUCAAUCAAUCAUCAAUCAGUCAAUCAUAACAAUAUAAAUUGCUACAGUUAUUUACACCUGGGAAAAUUUAACAGAAAUGUUAUUUUCCACCCAAAUCACGAAUUGUAAAAAUAUGUUAAAAAAUAUUCCUAUCCAACUAGUUUAUAAUUGGUUUACAAGAGGUAAAACACUAUAUAAAUCCAACUACAUGUAACCUUUUUGGGGUAUUCCUGUCUUUGUCUCUGUUUUGUUUUCCUUGUUUUUUUUUUUUUUAUAUUAAUGUGUAACUGCGUAUAUUGAAUAAAUUCAUUAAAUCAAUAAAAAUUAUGUUUUUGUCAUUUCUCCUCUGUGCGUACGAACCCCUCCCCCAC